GCAGCAGGAAGCAGCCGUGCGAACGCAACCACCGCUUCGGAUUCGCCGGCCGCCGCUUCGCCUCGCUUCGCCUUCUUCCUCGUCCACGGCAACUACACGUGGAGAUAUUGGCGGGGCGCCGAUGCUCCACGACUCCCCGUAGCGCGUUUGCGGAUGGUGUGGCCUGUGAGGCACGCUGCCGCCGCCGCUUGGGGAUCUGGGGUGCUGCUGCCGGACAGUUUCCGGCGGUUGUGACCGGCGCCGGCGAUGGCGAUGUCGGCGAAGGAGAGGAAGCUGAGCAGGCUCGGGAGUUGUAAGGUUACUUCAGCGGCAGGAAGUGGUGGCGGCGGCGGGGGUUCCCCUGCCGCAAGGGGCCACCGGUCACCGGCGGCGCCGCAGCGGCGUGUCUUCGCGGCGCUCUUCGCGUUCCUGUGCGCCGGCGUAGUCGUCCUCGGCGGCGUGCACGUCAUUGGAGCGUCGUUCCGGCCGGUGCUCAGGACGGCGUGGCCGUCGGCGACCCUGAACGCCAUUUCCUCUGAUGCCAGAGCGCAGCAAGCUGGCAGCACUGCCGAUGCCGUGUUGCCGUCAGUCCAAAUCCAGCACGCGGUUGCCUUCCCGGACCGUGUUCUCCUGAUCCUCAAGGACGGGUCGUCGCUGCCAGCUCCUCAGCGGUUUGAGUGCUUAUACUCCCCUGCCAACUCCUCGGAGCUGCGCCGGCAGCCCCUGUUGGCCGCCUCCUUGCCGGAUGGACCCAGCCUCGUCCAUUGCCCUGCCGAACCAUCUGGUGUGGAUGUCUCUCUGUCACUGUCCCUGUCACCUCCGGUGGCGCCGCUACAGUGGGACAGGCUUGUGUACACUGCUCUUGUUGACAGCAGGGACAACUCCACCAUUGUGUUCGCCAAGGGGAUGAACCUCCGGCCAGGCCGUUUGGGUGUGGCGUCGAGGUAUCAGUGUGUCUUUGGCCGUGACCUGUCAAAGCCAAAGCAUGUGCUCACAUCCCCUGUGAUUUCUGCUGCACAAGAGAUUUUCCGGUGUGUGACACCAGUUCGCAUUCGCCGGUAUCUCAGGAUGACAACUAAUCCCAAUGGCAAUGGAGACAGUGAUGACAAGCCUAUGUUGGUCUCCAUCAGGACGAAAGGCCAGAGGGACUCUACGCUGCCAUCAAUAGCUGAGCCUGAGCCACUUCCUCGGUAUAACAGACAUCGGCGGCAAAAGGCACAUUCAAUGUGUGUAUGCACCAUGCUUCGCAACCAGGCAAGGUUCCUCCGAGAAUGGAUCAUCUACCACUCGCAUAUCGGUGUGGAGCGGUGGUUCAUCUAUGACAACAACAGUGAUGAUGACAUUGAGCAGGCCCUCGGUACCAUGGAUCCAUCAAGGUACAAUGUGACACGCCAUCUGUGGCCAUGGAUGAAGUCUCAAGAGGCUGGUUUCGCACAUUGUGCUCUCAGGGCCCGAGAGAGCUGUGAGUGGGUGGGGUUCAUCGACAUCGACGAGUUCUUGCACUUCCCUGGCAACAAGACUCUACAAGAUAUUCUCCGGAACUACUCAAACAGGCCACGGAUUGGGGAGCUCAGGACUGCAUGCCACAGCUUUGGUCCCUCAGGUCGGACAAAAAUUCCCAAGAAAGGCGUUACAACAGGUUACACCUGCCGACUCGCUGCACCGGAGCGACACAAGUCAAUUGUCAGGCCAGACGCACUAAACCCAUCACUCAUCAAUGUGGUGCACCACUUCCAUCUGAAAGAAGGGGUGAGGUAUGUGAACCUUGGUCAGGGUGUGAUGCUCAUCAACCAUUACAAGUAUCAAGUUUGGGAGGUGUUCAAGGAUAAGUUUUCUGGCCGUGUCGCGACCUAUGUUGCCGAUUGGCAGGACGAGGAGAAUGUUGGAUCCAGGGACAGGGCACCAGGAUUGGGGACUAAGCCGGUGGAACCAGAGGAUUGGCCGCGUCGGUUCUGUGAAGUAUUUGAUACCGGUCUUAAAGAUUUUGUGCAUAAAGCGUUCACAGAUCCAGCCACUGGAAGUCUUCCAUGGUAGAUGAUGGGGUAUACACAGACAGGGAAAGAAACACAAAAAAGAGUUAGGUAGAAGAGUGAUUUGCUCUUUGGUAAAUUUAGUCUCUUUUCCUGUUCUUAGUUCUUAUAGAACCAUCGAUUUUUUUACAUAUCUAAGGGAAAUGAUUCUUUGUAGAUACAGAUAGGUAGCGCGUUCACUGUAAGUUUUCUUGAUGAAAGAGGGAAUGAAUAGGAUGACUACUUGACUUU